AUGCUGAAACGAUUGACGGGCGUGAAGCCAGCUUUUGGGCGUCAUCUCAGGUAUUUUGGGACCACCAUGGUCAAGAAACAGGCCAAAAAAGUAGAAUCUAGAGAAGCAGAUGGAUUCAAAGACGAGCAGGUAUCGUCGAUUCAGGAAAGAACGCUAUUCGAACAGAUCUUCACACAGAUUAUGAAGAAGGACGAGGAUAAGAAGAGAUCCAAGGACUUCCUAAAGCCAAUUUUGGGCCAAGAGAGUACCAAAUCUGACGUAGGAACAGCGGGAAUAAAACGAGACAACCUUCAAGUGGUUUUUGAGACCAAAAAACCUGCUUCUGCUGAUGAGACGCUCUUAAAUUUUUUCCGCGAAGCUGUGGGUAAUGACAUGGAAGAAUCUAGUGCCCUUGCAAGAAUGACAACGGAAGAUAUUCGCAAAUAUCCGGUUUCGUUGACACCGACAUAUUUUUCGAAAGAGAAAAAGCCUAGCACCACUGAGGACAGAAGAAAUGCAGGAGACUAUGCACCGGUUUCAGCAGCCUCUUACAUCGAAAAUAUACUGGCAUCAGAUCUCAAGUUGACAUCACCUCCUGAGCGUGCUGAUACCACGACUUCAACCAUCAAUCCGAAGCUGCAAAGACAAAUCGAAGCCAAAAACCGUUUAAAUGCAACUUUGGAAAAAGUUUUGAGUCCUUAUCUGCUCCAUUUACAGAAUCUAAUCCAAACCGAUGGAGACUGUCUUGCAAUCGUUCAAGACCUUCUGAAACAGUAUCUGGGGCGGAACCUAAAGCUUGAAACCGACGAUUUAGACCAUUUGGAGCAAACUUGUUUAAAGAACCCGGUCUCUUUACCGCAGCCAUUUCAUAUCACAACACCGUUUGUUAUUCGGCAUCUUUUGACCAGCAAUGAGUUUUCAUUCCCAUCUGAGCGUCGAUACACUCUGAUAUCUGUGAUUUACAAUACGUGCAGGAACGCUUCCGAUGUCUCCCUGUAUUUGAACGUUUGCAACAUCGACUUUUACAACUUGCUUAUCGAGUUGGCGUGGGAGAAUUUCCAGGAGAUACACCAAGUGCGACAAUUGGUUGCGGAAAUGACUGUAAAUGGCAUCAUGGGUGACUUACAAACUGUGAGUCUACUUUCAGAGAUUUCAAACGCUAUGAGACACAUGAACGACGGUAUAGCUGACGAUUCUGGCGAUUCAGAAGGGGCUCUUACCGUGGGUGUUGUUUGGUGUCGAGAAAAUGCCCAAGAUUUGAACUACAUCGAGGACUACCUAAAGAAACUUAAACAAGGUCAGGCUCAAAGUAUUUGA